UUGGAGCUUGUGCACUACUCUGUCACUCGUCUCUGCUUCUUCUUCUAGCUUUCUCUCUCACGUUCAAGCUCUUUUUUUUCCUCCCUUUGUUUGGACGGAGAGAAAGUGAGAGGAAAUUUCACGAGAAAGGAGGGAGAAAGACAGAGAAAACGAAGCUGCAAUGGCGUUGUCUUCGUCUCGGAUAUGGACCGGUGUUUGCCUUGCCGUGCUCCUUGUGCUUGUCGUCUGCGCUCUGACGACGACGAAUCUCUGGAACAACGAAAUCUAUGGCUCCAGGAAGCUGAAAACAGAGGAGUUGCAGAACUCGAACAGCUCAACAAUGGCGGACAGGCUCGAAGGCAUCGAGUUGAAUGAACACGCGGUUGCUGAUCCAGACAAGGUUGCCGAUGAGGUCGCUGCGCUCGUUGAGAUAAGCGAACAAAACAACACUGCAAGGAGGAAGCUAGGUUACUUUUCUUGCGGAACUGGUAACCCGAUUGAUGACUGUUGGCGCUGUGACACGAAAUGGCACAAGAACCGCAAGCGUCUUGCUGACUGUGGAAUUGGUUUUGGACGGAAUGCCAUUGGUGGUCGUGACGGGCGCUUCUAUGUAGUGACCGACCCUAGCGAUGAUGACGUUGUCAACCCGAAGCCUGGGACUCUACGCCACGCUGUCAUCCAGGAAGAGCCACUAUGGAUCGUGUUCAAGAGGGACAUGGUGAUUCAGUUGAAACAGGAGCUUAUCAUGAACAGUUUCAAGACUAUUGAUGGCCGAGGAGUCAAUGUCCACAUCGCUAAUGGAGCCUGCAUCACCAUCCAGUUCAUCACGAAUGUGAUCAUCCAUGGUCUGCACAUUCACGACUGCAAGCCUACGGGUAACGCCAUGGUCAGAAGCUCACCGACUCACUACGGGUGGAGGACGAUAGCCGAUGGUGACGCCAUAUCCAUCUUCGGGUCGAGCCACAUCUGGGUUGAUCACAACUCUCUCUCAAACUGUGCUGACGGCCUUGUCGAUGCUGUCAUGGGUUCCACCGCCAUUACCAUUUCCAAUAACCACUUCACCCACCACAAUGAGGUCAUGUUGCUGGGACAUAGUGACUCGUACACGAAAGACAAGCAGAUGCAAGUGACCAUUGCUUACAACCAUUUCGGAGAGGGACUGGUCCAGAGGAUGCCUAGGUGCAGACACGGGUAUUUCCACGUGGUGAACAACGACUACACGCACUGGGAGAUGUAUGCGAUCGGUGGAAGCGCGGAUCCAACCAUCAACAGUCAGGGCAAUCGAUACAAUGCUCCCAAGAACCCUUUCGCGAAGGAGGUGACGAAGAGGGUGGAAACAGAUGAGGGGAAGUGGAAGAGCUGGAACUGGAGGUCGGAAGGAGACCUUCUACUGAACGGGGCGUUCUUCAUGGCGUCGGGAACGGGAGCGUCAGGGAGUUACGCGCGUGCAUCGAGCUUGGCAGCCAAGCCAUCUUCCAUGGUGGGCACCAUCACAUCAGCUGCCGGAGCUCUGGGCUGCCGCAGAGGCAGAGCCUGCUGAGUAAUAUCCCUCCUCUCCUCUCCUCUCCUCUCCUCUCCUUUUGCAGUCAGCUUUCUAAAUCACACAGUCAGUCUCUCCCCUCGUUUUCAUUCCUUUAUUUCGAGUCCAAAACAAACUAUCCCCUCCUCCAUACGUAUUGGCAAAAGUGCACAACUCUUUUUUUCGGGCUGUGGCACGCUGUCGUCUUUUUUUUUUGUGGUUUUGUUCGUUCCCCCGAAUUAUGGUUUUUUAGGGGGGGUGGUAAGAAACGUGGCAACCUCGGCUAUGCUUCUUGUUUUUGGAAAUGCAGAAGAUAUCAGAAAAAGUGGGUGAGGAGCAGGCGCCAGAAGCGUUGUUCAAAUUGUUUCGGUAUUACCACAAAAAAUCCUCUUGUCGUUUUUUUUUUUAAAUUCUCGUGUCUUGAGGUCUGUGUGUGUUUGUAUCCAGGGAGGGUGCCUAGUUUCUUUCCAAGUGACGGACACUCUCCUUGUCUUUUAUUCUGUCGAAAGUUUUUUUUCUUUUUGUUAUGAGUGUGUGAUUGAAGGCAACAACAGGGGAAGGGAGAACAUACUUAGGACGAACACACAUUUUGUCACACACAAAAAAAAAAAAAGGAAUCUAAAUAUAUCACAUGAUGUCUCACUCACCCCUCCUCAUCUUCCUUUCGUUUUGGUGCAUGGUGUUGUCAUUUCCGUUUAUAGUGUUUUUGCUAUCUGGCUUUGUGUUUCGAGAGAGCAGCACAAGCUGCUGUUCAUCA